AUGCAGGUAUUAACUUCUGAUAAAAUAGGUUUAGUAAAAUAUGUCCAGUGUAAAAGAAAAAGUUCAAUUUAUGAACAGGAAAUGGAACCACAUUUGAAUAAAAUGAUUAACGGAAUGACAUGGUCUGGUGGAUAUGGUGGAUAUGAAGAAACAGAAAUAACCCUGUGGAGAAAAACUGGGCUAGUCGAAAACUUCGAGAUUAACAAUAAUGAAGACGACUUUCACAUUAGUAAUGUACCCUCCUUAUCUUUUCUAACCUGUAGUAAUUGUGUCUAUGGGAAAAUGCUAAAUCACCAUCAUAAUAUAAUAUAUGAAGAUGUAAUCAAUAAAAAUAAAAAAAUAUAUAAAAAUUAUUCCCAUUUUUUGCCCAUAUAUACUAGUGAUACAACAAAAAAUGGAAUAUAUAAAAGCUACUUAGAAAAUAGCAAAAUUUUAGUUACAGUUAAUAAUACUGGACAUGUUAGUCUUUUGAAUUGGGAUAAAACUAAUGAUAAUUGUAAAUAUUUAUUAGAAAAUGAAGAUGAAAUAAAAUAUAAUAAUGAUAUCGAAAAAAAAUGUCUUGUAUAUUUUAAAAAUUAUAAACAAAAUGUAUUAAACAAUAUCGAAUUUAAACACAUUGAUGAUAAAAACCAAAAUAAAAUAACAAUAAAAAAUAAUGAAUAUCAAAAUGUUCAUAUUGAAAAUAUAUGUAAAACAUAUCAUUAUAAUAAUAUGAUAUCAAAAGACAAUAUUUUACAAUCAUAUAUCUUAUCAAGUCCAAUAGAUGCAGUUACAACAAACGAAAUAUUAACUAAUAGGUUAGCUAUUGGGGGGUAUAAAAAUAAUUUAAAAAUAUUCGAUUUAUUUACGGGUACAUAUCUUUGGAAAGCAAAACCACUAGGUCCUACAUUGUUAAACAUUAAUUGUGAAGCUCUUAUAAAAUCUAUAGCUUUCCUAAACAAAAUUAAUGUUAAUAUAGUAGCAUGCUCUACUUACGAUCAUAAAAUUAUACUUUAUGAUAUCAGGUGUCAAAACAAACCUGUUUAUGUCUAUGAUCAUUAUAAAACGAAAAAUGUUCAUCAAAAUAAAUAUAGCUAUUUUGAUCAUAAUUAUUCAGAAAGUGACCUUAUUUUUACAUCUAUAUGUAGUGAUUCACAUAUAACUAUUGAUCAUACUAAUCAACCAAUAGUAGAAUCCAUAGAUGCAUCUGGAUUAACAAACGAAUUAGAAAAUUCUAAUAGCAAUACAAAUGACAUUGUUCCAUCACCUAUUUCGGAAAAAACACAAGACACCAAAAAUAAUACAAAUUGUAAAAAUCAAGUAUAUAAAAAAUUUACCAUACAAGAUAUUAAAUUGGCUAAUAGUAAAGCUUGUGAUAAUAUGAAUCUUGAAAAACAAAAUAAAGAAGAAGAGGAUACCCAAAUCAACAAUUCGGACACAAAAAAUGAAACAGAAAAUUCUAGUAAUAACAAUGAAGAAUCAUGCAAUACAUAUUUUCUAAAACCUUUUGAUGAAACAGAUAAUCAGCUUAUUAUGGUUUCAGAUAAUUAUGGAAAUAUAUAUGAAUUUGAAAUAAUAACUGGAUUGAAAUUGUUAAAUUAUAUAUAUAUAAAAAAAAUGGCAUAUGAAAAAAAAAAUUAUAAUGAUGAAAGAAAUAAAAUUAACAAUGAUGAAUAUUUAAUACAAAAUAAAGACAAAUUAUAUGAAUUUUAUAAAGAAUAUCAAAAAAAUAAUAAAACACAUAUGCGAAAUGAUUUGCCAGUUAUGUGGGCUAAAAAUAACUUUCAACAAUUUCUAAUCAAUUUUAUAAAAAAAUAUAGAAUACAUAAUGGAGCUAUCUCAUCAUUAAGCUUACACAAAGAUGGAAAAUAUCUUUGCUCGGCAAGCUAUGAAAGAUUUAUUAAUAUAUUAAAUUUACAAAAUAAAAAAGUUAUCAAGCGAAUACAUGUAGGAAAUAUACCAACUAGCUGCUUAUUCCUUUCAAAAAUUCUUACUGAAAAUGAUAUCGAAAAUGAAGAUAAUAAAUCGGAUGCAAAAAACGGCUUUGGAAGUUCGUCUACUGUCACUGAAUGGUCUGACAAUGAUGAAGACGAUAAUCCAGAAAGGAAGACUAAGAAGAGAAAAAUAAAAGACGACGACGAAGAAGAUGAGGAUGAAGAGGAUGAAGAAGAAGAUGAGGAUGACGAAGAUGAAGAUGAAGAGGAUGAUGAGGACGAAGAUGAAGAUGAGGAAGAUGGCGACGAAGAAGAGGAUGAUGAGGAAGAUGAUGAUGAAGAAGAGGACGACGAGUGA